AUGGUACCAGAUCUGGAGGCCCAAUUUCAAAUUCGUGAUAGGAAGCGGCGCCUCACAAGUACCAGCGAUAGGGCCCGAUUACCGCGCACAUAUUCCAGCGGUGCAAUAGGACCUGAUGAUGGAGGCAAGCCUGGGCUAUUACACCGGUCUGAAUCGGAGUUUCAACCGGGCACACAAUCCUUGCGACCACAGGCAGCCGGUACCUCAUAUGCAACGCCGAUCGAUAUCACCUCUUCACCCUCUGAAGAUGGCCCAGGCGCAACAGCAAGCCGCAUUAUGCCUGACCAUAGUCAACCCUCACCUUGCGAAACAGGCUCCGGUUUCCACCCCAUGAGAAGGUAUCAAACUUGGCAUUCACCAUCACCAGGGUCAAACAUGGAACCAGGGAAUCGGCAAUCUGGCAACAAUGCUAGCCGAAAGCCUCUUCCAUGGGCUCCUCCUCCGCGUCGGUCGUCGCAGAACCCAAGUGGCGAUGCGUGGCCGAGGCAAGCCAACGAGCAUGCCACCGAGCGAUUUCCACGCAAUCGGCUGAGUGGUAGUGCAGCAGGCUUCGAAGAUAUGAUGAGUUUUAGUAAUCAAACGGAGCUGCCUGUCCUAUCCAGAGAUAGUCAGCCGGACGAAAGAUGGGCACCCCCUCCAAGGCAGACCACCCUAGAGACUUUCGGAUGGGGAGUGAGACGCAGUGAGAUGGGUUCAGAAGACUCAGCGAGGAAAAUUUUGUCAAGCCCUGGUGGAGGUGUAUCACUGAGACCUGAAAUGGAAGAUAGGUCGGGCGCAUUUCCAGAGUAUUCUGAUGGGGAAACGCCGAGAUGGCAGCCUGACGAAGAAGUCUCAAGCUGCCCUAUAUGCGGCACUGUGUUCAACUUCUGGCACAGAAAGCAUCACUGCCGCAAAUGUGGCCGCGUUGUGUGUGCGAGUUGCUCACCUCACUCCAUUGUCAUUCCUCGACAAUACAUUGUCCGCCCUCCUGACAGCCUCACCUCACAUCCUCACUCAUCUCCCGUCUCCCAGCCUCCGGUAGUUGAUCUCACCAGCGACGACCUUAUCCACCCUUUCAGUGCGGUCGUCAACCCUGCUCUCGGCGGCGGAGAAAAAGUCCGUCUCUGCAAUCCCUGUGUCCCGGACCCAAAUCCCAAUCCUCUGGGUUACGGUCCAUCGCAUGUCCACACUCAUCGGUCCACACACUCGCUGAACUCGAUGGGUCGCCGACAUUCUAGAGUUGCGCAAGAAACCGCUUCUCCACGCCAGGAACGACGAACGCUCGGGUCAAAUGACCGGCCCUCCGGUUUGCCCGGACAGGGGCAGUCUGUCCGACGAUCUGUGACCAUCACCGCGGUCAGACAACCCCCAGCAGAUGGUGAAACACGUGCUGCGGUAGCCCCGAGACGCCCUGCAGUCUCAGAAGAAGACCUCUGCCCCGUCUGUGGACGGAUCUUCCCGACGCUCGGCAAUGGGCAUACCCAGGAAGCCCGAGAAGAACACAUCCGCGAGUGCAUCGCCAACUUCGGUGCCUCGCCAACGGUCCAAGAGCCCUCGCCACACAUGGACCUCCGACAAGCGCCCCCGCCGCCGCCGUCAAGUUCCUUGCCUGCAGCUCCUCGCAUGCUGUCUUUUACAGCCUCAGAGAAAGACUGCCUAGGCGAGGAUGGUGGAGUGGGGGAGUGUUCCAUCUGCUUUGAGGACUAUGAGGCCGGGCAGACUUUGGCUCGCCUCAACUGCCUCUGCAAGUUCCACAGGGCUUGCAUCGUCGACUGGUUCGAGCGGAAGAUGGAGUGUCCCGUGCACAAAGUCUGA